GGAAAUAUUAUCGUGGACUCCUUGAGUUGACCCACUUAUGAUGAAGGCGCAGUAAAUAUAAGAACAUAAGAAUAAAUUAUAAUACGGAAAGUUGACUUUAGUGAACAACAUUGCGUAAAUUUUAAACACCCGCAUAUAUUUUUCUGUGUUAAAACGCGGAAGAAAAUAAAAAAUAUAGAAGUUUGAGGUUCCAUAUUACUGAAAAUAAACCAAAACAAUUGCGCUGCGGAAAGCUGUACUAAAGGGAAUUAGGAUUGUGCAUUAAAAAAAAAUUUAUCAAAUGCAUAUUCUUAUAUGCAUUUGGUUAUAUAAAAAGUUCUAGUAAAACUGGUUAUAAAUAUGAAAUUACCAUUAUUAGUUCAAGUGGAGGCGACAAGUACUCCUGUCUGCCUGCUUGACCUGCAGUUCAGAAAAUAUUCAGAAGCGUGCAUAAACAAGUAUAAAUAAAGUGAAGAAAUAUGUAACAUUUGUACUAAGUUAAGGAAUGUGGAGCCACCCAAGUUCAACUUUCAUAAGUAUUAAGUUGAAAUAGUGAAAGAGAGCACACUUUUUUAAUGAAAAAGGGGAAAUAAAUAAUAGUGCAAAAGUGCAACAAACACUGAGAAAGAAGAAAUCAGCAAUGCGACAUGUGUUUAAAUGCAAUUGUAUCAAUUGGUCUUUCUAAUAGUUCAUAUUUGUGAAGUGGCUGCAUGUUUGCAUGAACUAUUUUCAUUUACUUUAGUUUUUUGUUUAUUUGGACAAACGUAAAUAAUCUAGUCAACUUUUAAAAGAGCUACGUGAAAUUUGGCAUAUUGUUCCCCGGUUGUAAAUCACAAUGUCACAUCUACCUGCGCCGCUUUAUGGAUUUGCGAUAUUCUUUUUCAUAUUUUGGUGCGGCACUUGGUGCUUGCAUUUACUGGCGAUAUGUUAUGGUAAAUUUAAAUUGCAUAAAAAAUCGUCCACAUUUUUAAACGAAACACCUUUACCGGGAGUCUCAAUAUUAAAACCGCUUAUGGGUGUAGACCCUAAUUUAGAACACAAUCUUCAAACAUUUUUUACUAUGGAUUAUCCAGUGUAUGAAUUGCUAUUUUGCGUUGAAGACAAAACUGAUCCUGCUAUUCAGUUGGUGGAAUCUUUAACAGCCAAAUAUCCACAAGUGGAAGCUUCCAUAUUUUUGGGCGGCUCAAACGUUGGCGUAAAUCCCAAGAUUAAUAAUAUGCAUCCUGGCUAUGAGGCAGCCAAAUAUGAGCUCGUUAUGAUUUCUGAUAGCGGUAUCAAAAUGAAAAGCGAUACUUUAUUAGAUAUGGUGUAUAGUAUGGGCGAAAAAUACGCGUUGAUACAUCAGAUGCCAUUUACUUGCGAUCGGGAAGGAUUUGCUGCUACAUUUGAAAAAAUAUUUUUUGGUACUGUACAGUCUAGAAUAUACUUGUCAGCAGACUUAUUAAGUAUAAACUGCCAUACAGGCAUGUCGUGCUUACUCCGCAAAUCCGUUAUAGAUGAAUUGGGUGGUUUAAAAACAUUUGGCUGCUAUUUGGCUGAAGAUUUUUUUAUAGCAAAAGCUGUAAUAGAACAUGGUUGGAAAAUGCGUAUAAGUAGUCAACCGGCUAUGCAAAAUAGCGGAAUCUGCGAUAUUAGCAGUUUUCAGGCUCGCCUGAUACGAUGGGCUAAAUUACGAGUCGCGAUGGUGCCUAGUACGAUCUUGCUGGAACCGUUAUCUGAGUGUAUGGUUUUAGGAGCAUUGACAUCGUGGUCUGCUUCAUUGAUUUUUAAAUGGGACCCUUUGGUAUUUUAUUUGGUUCACAUAUUAACUUGGCUCCUAUCGGACUGGCUAAUGCUGUGUACGGUGCAGAAUGGUUCUUUACCAUUUCACAAGUUUGAAUUCGUAAUCGGUUGGUUGUUUCGCGAAAUGAGUGGGCCAUACCUGUUUCUCCAUGCCCUCUGGAGUCCAAACAUACAGUGGCGUGCUCGGACUUACAAGCUUCAUUGGGGUGGAAUUGCUUAUGAACUGCCACUAAGUAAUAAUUCCAGUAAAGAUGUUAGCAACAAUGGACUACUCACCUCGUAGCAUAAAAUUUUUCUAUUAUUAUAUAUCAUAUGUGAAAAGAAUUUUCAUUCGAUCGUAAUGAAACAGCCUUUUCUUUUGUCUUAUUUCCAUAAUAAUUAUGUGGAACUUUUUUAGCUGAAUUUAUAUAAAAUAUCGCAUAUAAAUAAAGUAAAUAAACCGAUUUUGUACAGUCUAUUUAUAUUAUUUAUUUUUACUUCGCAAUGAAGAUAAAUAAAAAGAAAAUUAGUAUUCGAAAAUUAUCAAUUUCUUUCUGAAUUGAAAACGCAUCUAUUUAUCCUUUAGUUCAGUUCAAUAGAUGCAGUUUCUACUGGAAUGUAUAAGCUAAGCGUGAGGUUAUUUUCAAAUUUAAACACACAUUACUUCGGUCAAUGUUUUGCGGGACUGAAAAACAAAAAACUUACUUUUUGCGAAAUUGUGCUUUACUCAUCAUCAGUCUCUUUUAAGAAUGGUAGUGUCCCACGCUUCUUACAUUUCGACUU